ACAGAGAGAAGUAGAGCAGACGCGAGUCAGACAGAUUUCCUCUCUCUCUUCUGUCCUCGGAGUUUUUUCUUUGCUGCAGACAUGUUGGACACACUCACCUUCCUCCUGGAGAAACUCUUCCUCCUCGCCCACAUCAAGCUCUCCAGCCUGCUGCCUCCUCUGGCCAGAGAGCGCGGAGACCCGCCGCUCACCAGGCGCUGUGAGCGGGAUGACUCUCCGCCGCAGCCCGCCGGAGCUCCGCAGAAGUUUCAGCGGGGGGACCUGCUGGAGGUCCCGCGGACUCUCUUCACCCACUUCGGCAUCUACCUGGGAGACAACCGGGUGGCGCACCUCAUCCCGGACAUCCUGCCGGUGCUGACGGCCGACAGCCGGCAGAUCCAGGAGAUGGUGACCAACACGCGGCUGCUGCUCGGGGUGCUCUCCAAGCGCGCCAGCAUCCGGGUGGACUCGGUGGAGGACUUCGCGUACGGAGCCGGGAUCCUGCUCAACGCCAUGGACCGGGCGGUGCGCCGGAGCCCGCUGUCCGGGGAGGAGGUGGCCCGGCGGGCGGAGCGGCUGGUCGGCACCGUGUCCUACAGUUUGCUGUGGAACAACUGCGAGCACUUCGUCACCUACUGCCGCUACGGGACGGCGCAGAGCCUGCAGACAGACCAGUUCUGUGAGUGGCUGAAGUCGCUGAUCCGGGACCAGCGUAACGUCCUCCUGACGGCGCUGCUCGGGCUCCUGUCCAUGGUGUGUUUGGGAAUAUCCUCCAGCACUGCCCUGCCCACCAUCCUCAUCCCCUUCACCCUGUGGAUGGCCAGCUAGAAGUUUCAGGACGAUACCCACAAAAACAGGCCAAGCCGCCAUGUUGGAAGACUUGUAGAAAGGAUGUAGUCGUCUGCAAACAAUUUCAUACGUUAAUGAAGCUAAAUCCAUACGUAGCUCUUUUCCUGCUGCACAGGAAGCAACUGGUUUUAAUGUCUCUGUUUUGUUUAGAACAAAUGGGUGAUGGGUGUUUACCAACAAAGAAAGACAACUGGUUUUCCAACUUUAAUCCAUGUUAAAGGGACCAAAGAUCAUUUAUUAAUUACUCAUUUUUACUAAAGCUACAGGUUUUAUUAAGAAUGUGAAUUUGUUUUUGUCAGUCCUCCAACAUGGAGGAAUAUCUUUUCCAAACAAGACAGAAAACUGUGGAUUUGUAUACAAAACAGACAGUUUUGCUGAAUUUUUUAUUGAAAUAUUUCAUAUUUUUUAUAAAAAAAAGUACUGAUCAUUUGAAUUAGCUGUGAUGAUGCUGUCAGCCAAUCCUGUGUUGGGAGAAGUUAUUCUACAUCUGCGUCCAGUUCAGUUCAACCUUUAAAGGAUCAGUCUGGUGUUAUUCUGUAUUUUCCUUAUUGUCUAAAACAACAGUGUGUCAGACGCUCAGCUCCAAACCCAAUGGUUCACACUGAAGAAGUAAAUCUUUAAAAGCAUUUAAAACACAAAUAUAUAAUUUAUUUUAAAGACCAUGAAAUAAUUUGGAUGACUAACAGCUGGUCAAGUUUUGAUUGAAAAAUCAAAUGUUCUUGGUCUUAUAUACAUGAAAUAACAGGCUUGGUCUCGGUUCCCACAUAUUUUUAGUGUUCAUUUGGAGAAAAUUCAACAUUUUUCGCAACUGUUCAAGAAGCACAAAACCCUGAAACCGAAGGAAAACCAUAAAGAAUGACCCAGAUGGCAGUUAAGAGGGUUUCAUAUGAUGACAACAAAAGUCUUAACAGAAAAUCAUCCAUUUACCAGCUUUUUUCCACAGCUCAUCACCACAUCUUGGUUUUGAAAGCCCUGGAAAAAGCUUGUAAGUGAAGCAUGAGUUAAAGGUUUUUAUUUAGUUCUUGUGACACUACUACUACGCUCAGCAGUUUUUCUGUUUUCAUUCCACCCCCGACUGAAAUCUGUUCAGUUUUUACACAUGUAAACUGAGAAAAACAAAUCAGUUUCUUUCCCUUGUAGAUCAAAAUGUUUUCAUUUCAGCCCCGAAGCUCUUCUGUAAAUAUCUGUAGAUAUCCUUCACGACCUGAUUGUUUUCUAACAGUCACAAACUUUUGUACAGAAUUUAUUUUUUACGACGCUGUAACACUUUAUACUGUUUUUUUAUGUAAAUAAAGGAAGUGGAAAUAGAGUGGACAUGUUGAA